CUCUCCUCUACCUAAUACCUGCUACCCCACGACGUCACACCCCACACACCACACCACCACCAAAAAGUCAUCGGACAUUUUUUCUUUUUUACACUUGUCCACCUCUGCCUUUGACCAUCAUCACGUCAAGGCUCACUCCCUUGUCCCUAUUUCUCUCUUCUUUACGUUAUCUCACCGUCGCGUUCGUCUUUCGGCAGACGUGAUCGCUCUCUAGUUUGGGAAGAAAAGGACCUGGUGCCGACACCCACAUCUGCGACCAGGCAAAAAGAACUGGAACACGUUCCUUGCCCUCUAUCGCUCCUUGCGCGCAAUCGAUUUCGUUGAUCCCGACCAAGACCGGAAGAAAGCGAUCCCCCGUCGCCACCGUCGACGUCGCCGAAUCGAUUUGCGCUGUUGUAGACAACAAUAAAAAGAAGUUGCUGUGAAGUGAAAGAAGUCCUUACUUGGUCUUCUUGAGUCCUGGUUGUUGGUUGGUUACUCUCACGAGCACAUCACCACACGUCAAAAAAGUCAACCGACUUCACUGCAUAACCUUCCACAUCAUUCUGCAUUGAUCCUCUGCCUUUGGCGCUUUUUGAGGACAAUCAUAGUCGUUCGGACAGCUUUCUUGUAGGGGACACAUUCACUUGUUUCUCUCCCGCGCCGAUUGAUCUGUUCAGCGAUUUUUACGAACCGUUGACACCUCUCUCGAUACCGACUCCAACCAUGGAAGGCAUCCAGACACACCCCUCGAACGCGGCGCAAGCCAAGGCCUUCACUGCGCCUGGGUCGCUGUCGUUUCCCGGGGCAACCAACGAGUUGACACCACCCGCUGGCAACGGGAAUGCAGCUCAGCUCCCUGCUCCCAACGGCCAGCAGGCGGCAAAUGGCAACGGGGUGACUCCCGCGACGCCUGCCGCUACGCCUGCUGCCACUCAAGGACCUAGUGGAAUCACUCCCACUCUUCAGAACAUCGUGGCCACCGUCAACCUUGACUGCCGCCUUGACCUCAAGACCAUCGCCCUGCAUGCGAGAAAUGCAGAGUACAACCCUAAGCGUUUCGCCGCUGUUAUCAUGCGAAUUCGUGAGCCCAAGACCACGGCCCUUAUCUUUGCCUCUGGCAAGAUGGUCGUCACCGGUGCCAAGUCGGAAGAUGACUCGAAGCUCGCGUCGCGGAAAUACGCCCGUAUUAUCCAGAAGCUCGGCUUCAACGCCAAGUUCACCGACUUCAAGAUCCAGAACAUUGUCGGCUCCUGCGACAUCAAGUUCCCCAUUCGUCUCGAGGGUCUGGCUUCGCGCCAUCACAAUUUCAGUUCUUACGAACCCGAGUUGUUCCCUGGUCUUAUCUACCGUAUGAUUAAGCCCAAGAUUGUGCUGCUCAUCUUCGUCAGCGGCAAGAUCGUCUUGACAGGUGCCAAGGUCCGAGAAGAGAUCUACCAGGCCUUCGAGAUGAUCUAUCCUGUGUUGCAAGAUUUCCGCAAGGUCUAAAGCAACAUCUACUCUUCGAGAUGUCACAGUCUCGGAUCACUACUAUACCACAUUACCGACGUGUAUGAUAGACAACCCGUCACGAUACCACGAUUGCUUUUUUUUUCCUCGCCGUUCUGCUUGAUUUCGAUAACCGAGCAGAGCGGUCGAGUUGCGUUUGUAUCAUUUUUGAAUUGUUUUCCUGCAUUGCAUCGGCGUUGGCGAGGAAGGCCGGAAAGGGCAUUUUUGCGAGGGAUUCCGGUUCAAGAGGAAAAAGAUAAGACUACUCAUCCCGCGACACAUCAUAGAUUGCUCGCGCCGGUCCUGCGGCGCAUGCGCUCAGUUGACUUGAGCGCCAUUAAUUAUCAAAGGGACACGCUGAGUGGAGGGGAGGAGGCAGCAAAGUCGUGAAGCGUUGCUGGAGCGAGCCUGAUGAGGCUGAAGAAACAAAGCGACCUGGAGACGGGACGCGUGAAACACAAGGAGAGCAAAGUCGGCGAUCUUGGUCAUUGGCUGAGAUAUCCAUCAAGUCGCAGACCCAGAUGGACUGAACAAGACUUUGAGGCGAGGCCUGAAGAGUGCAAGCACUUCUGUCCUGUAUUCAGAUAGGAAUCAAACCCAAGUUCUCUCCCAAA